AUGGCUGUGAACCUCACGCUCUUUGCGCAGAGACUGUUUGGGAAUAAGUCUCUGUUUCCAUUUGAAAACACUUCCAAGACGGAGGAGGAGAACCUGGAGGUCAACACGGAUGUUUACUCCAGGGUCAUAGUCACCGUCAUCUACGCCGCCCUGUUCGCAGUGGGUUCUCUGGGGAACUCCAUCACCCUGUACACCCUGCUGACCAAAAAGACUCUGCAGAACCUCCAGAGCACCGUGCACUACCACCUGGCCAGCCUGGCCGUCUCCGACCUGCUGAUCCUGGUGCUCUCCAUGCCCAUCGAGCUCUACAACUUCAUCUGGUUCCACCACCCCUGGGUGUUCGGGGACGUGGUGUGCAGAGGCUACUACUUCCUCCGGGACAGCUGCUCGUACGCCACGGCUCUCAACAUCGCCAGCCUGAGCGUGGAGCGGUACAUGGCCAUCUGCCACCCGUUCAAAGCCAAGAGCAUCAUGUCCCGCAGCCGCACCAAGAAGCUCAUCAGCGGCAUGUGGCUGGCGUCCUUCGCGCUCGCCGCUCCGAUGCUGUUCGCCAUGGGCCAGGUGAUGCGUAAAGGCGAGAAGAUCUGCACCUUCAUCGUGUCUCCUGUCACCAUUAAGACCGUGGUACAGGUAAACGCUUUUCUGUCCUUUGUGAUACCGAUGGUGGCCAUAUCUGCACUGAACGGGGUCAUAGCCAAUCAGCUGCUGAGGAUGUACCGGGAGGCGGAGCAGGAAAACCGCGUCUGCGUCGUUGGGGGAAAUCCCACCAUGCUGAAUGUCACCGUGGAGCCCAACCGUGCUCAGUCGCUCCGCCAUGGGGUUCUUGUUCUCCGAGCGGUGGUCAUAGCCUUCGUGGUCUGCUGGCUGCCCUAUCACGUUCGCCGCCUCAUGUUUUGCUACAUCUCCGACUGGUCCGAUGACUUGUAUGACUUCUACCACUAUUUCUACAUGCUGACCAACGUCCUGUUCUACGUCAGCUCCGCCAUCAACCCAAUCCUCUACAACCUGGUGUCGGCCACCUAUCGCCAGAUCUUCUUCUCCACGCUGCGCUACUUCUGCUUGCCUUGCCGCCGUACACCCAGGAGGCACCCCCACCCCUUUACCCGCCACUCCAUCAGCAUCUCCAGCAACCACACCCUCUCCACCAACAUCAUCAAAGAGACGGCGUACUAA